GCUCGGUGCCACCGAGAAGCCGAGUGGACCCGCAGCCCCCAACCCCUACCCCGCCUCAGAUCCGGGAUCCCAGAGCUGGACGCGGUGUCCGCGCACUCUCUCGGCCAGAUGGCGGACCCCCGCGCAGAUCCUGAAUCAGAGUCCGAAUCCGUGUUCCCGCGGGAGGUGGGGCUCUUUGCCGACUCUUACUCGGAGAAGAGCAGGUUCUCUUUCUGUGGGCACGUGCUGAGCAUCACACAGAACUUCGGCUCCCGCCUUGGAGUGGCCGCGCGAGUGUGGGACGCGGCUCUGAGCCUGUGCAACUAUUUCGAAAGUCAAAAUGUGGAUUUCCGAGGCAAGAAAGUGAUCGAACUGGGCGCGGGGACGGGCAUCGUGGGGAUCUUGGCUGCGCUGCAGGGGGGGGAUGUUACCAUCACUGACCUGCCCCUGGCCCUAGAGCAGAUCCGGGGCAACGUCCAGGCCAAUGUGCCGGCUGGAGGCCGGGCCCAGGUCCGUGCCUUGUCCUGGGGGAUUGACCAGCAUGUCUUCCCUGGAGACUAUGACCUGGUGCUGGGGGCCGAUAUCGUGUACCUGGAGCCCACCUUCCCGCUGCUGCUGGGCACCCUUCAGCACCUAUGCGGGCCCCAUGGCACCAUCUAUCUGGCCUCCAAGAUGAGAGAGGAGCACGGGACAGAGAGCUUCUUUCAGCAUCUCCUCCCCCAGCAUUUCCAACUGGAGCUGGCCCAGCGGGAUGAGGAUGAAAAUGUCAACAUCUAUAGGGCCAGGCACAGGGAACCAAGACCUGCUUGACAUCACCCUUCUGUUCUUCUGAACCCCUUGUCCUAAGAAAGAAACUGCCAUAUCUCCAAAGCCAUAAACACAAGGAAGAAAAGUAUGGGUUUCCCUCGCCUCUCUCUUUCCUCCUUUUUUGUCCCCCCCCCCCCCCGCCCCGAUGCUCUUAGGCAAGCGCAGGAAGGUGCCUGCUUGCUAGGAGUCUCAGAGCCCUAACAGCACUGGGUUAGAGCACAAAGGAAGUCCCCAGCUCUUGUUCUCAGAGGAGGAAGAUAGGAGGGUGUCCAGGAUUUCUAGGGGCAGGGGAGGCAAAUGGGAGGUGAGAGCAGUGGCUGCAGAGAGACUGUCACUGAACCUUUCUGGUCCUGCUCCAGGAGGAUGGAUUCCAGAUUCUAAUGGAAUUUCUUUUAAAGGGAAAGAAGAUCAUUUCUGCAUCCAAAGAACUCUGGCUUUUGCUGGGGUGGGGGUGGGGGCUAGGAAGGAAGAAGCCUCAGACCAGCCACUUCUUGCUUCUAGAGUCUGGUGGGACCAUGGCCCUAACUGGGUCAAGUCCUCCCUGCCCUGAAGCCAGGGAUAGACAGCAAAGUUGUCCUUUGGACUCUAGCUUCUUUCAUCUAUUUUCGAGCUAGAGCCCUGACCACUAAGUACUAGGUUCUUCUCAUCUUUGAUUUUUCUUUAGGUUUCCAAGUGCUGUCGGUCCUUCCUUCCCAGCAUGUUUUGUCUUCACCUGUAUUCUCUCCCUGCUGCGGUAUUCUCUCCCUCUGCUUGGGGCUCUCUUUACAUGCUCCUUGGGCCACAUAACACCUCCUCCGGCCUCCUGGCCUUCAUUCUCUCCCCUUCAAGCCAUUUAUCAAACUCUUGUGAUCUUCCAAAAUCAGCUGUGACUGGCUUCUGCUGCCUACAGCAAGAAUAAGCGCCUUGGCUUGGUGCUCAGUCUAUCCUGUGUGACCCAAACCACCCUUCCAUUGCAUUUUCAACUGGUUUCCUACGUGUACUGCAACCCCUGGGCAAAUUACAGAUGUCUACUCUGUUCCCUAAAUCCACACCCAAACUCCCUGCUUUCUUCAUUCUUUUUGAUGAUUCCCUGCUUGGAAGGGCUAUUUCUACCUGUCAAAAUCUUUAUUACUCUUAGCCUCUUUCCUGAAAAAAGAUUUUACUGAGCCUCUUGUUUGGAUGUGAUUUCUUGCUCUCUAGAGACCCUGUCACUGUUCCUCUUAUGGGUAUGUCUUGGGUGGUCAUUGGUACCGGUUCCCUAUUUUCUCGCCAUUAGAUUACCUUGGAGGGUAGGGCUGGGGUUUACUCCUCUCUAAUUCCGUGAAGCGUAGCACACCUCGCGGCAUAUGGUAGAUGUUCAACAACUAUUUUGCUCAUUCAACAAGCAUUCACAGGGUUUGUUGAAGGCACUCCACCCCUACCUCCUCCUUAGGCCACCUUGGCCAAAUUUCUGAACCCACCCGCCUACCUUGCAGUUUGUCGUGUCUUAAAUAUAUAAUGACUGUGAAAGAUGAAUGGAAAUAAAGAAGCAUAAAGUGUU